AUGGAUUUCCCAAGCAUGUCCUUGUAUGAUGGCAACUAUGACAACCAAACCCUCAACGGGUCCAGCCCAGGACAGGAGCCUCCCCACUACAAUUACUAUGCCAUGCUCCUCACCCUCCUCAUCUUCGUCAUCGUCUUUGGCAACGUGCUGGUAUGCAUGGCCGUAUCAAGGGAGAAGGCCCUUCAGACCACCACCAACUAUUUGAUUGUCAGCCUUGCUGUGGCAGACCUGCUCGUGGCUACUCUGGUGAUGCCGUGGGUGGUCUAUUUGGAGGUGGUUGGUGAGUGGCGAUUCAGCCGUAUCCACUGUGACAUCUUUGUCACCCUGGACGUUAUGAUGUGUACAGCCAGCAUCCUCAAUCUUUGCGCUAUCAGCAUUGACAGGUAUACAGCCGUGGCAAUGCCGAUGCUUUAUAACACUCGCUACAGCUCCAAGCGCAGAGUCACUGUCAUGAUUGCUGUGGUCUGGGUCCUCUCUUUUGCCAUCUCCUGCCCAUUGCUUUUUGGGCUGAACAACACAAAGGAGAAUGAGUGUAUCAUUGCCAACCCUGCCUUUGUUGUGUAUUCCUCUAUCGUCUCCUUCUACGUCCCCUUCAUUGUCACCCUGCUGGUGUACGUGCAGAUAUACAUAGUGCUGCGGAAACGCAGGAAGCGGGUCAACACCAAACGUGCCGGUGCCCACGCAGGCCUGAACCCUGACACGGAGGCCCCGCUGAAGGGCAAAUGCACUCAUCCAGAAGACGUCAGGCUGUGCGCGCUCAUCAUGAAGACCAAUGGGAGCUUCCCACUUCACAAACGGAAAGUGGAGGCAAUGAAUCACAUGGAAGAGAUGGAGAUGGCAACCAGCACCAGCCCACCAGAUAAAACCAAACACAAGCCCCCUGUGCCAAGUAACAGUGAUCUGGCAAUGCCAGCUGCUUCCAACCUCCGUGCCAAUUCCACUCUACGGUUGCCUGUGGACAGCCCACUGCAGGUAGAGAAGAAUGGGCACACUACAGACAACCCCAAGGCAGCCAAAGUUUUUGAGAUCCAGACUAUGCCCAACGGGAAGACAAGAACCUCCCUCAAGACUAUGAGCAGGAGGAAAUUUUCACAGCAAAAGGAAAAGAAAGCCACUCAGAUGCUGGCCAUUGUGCUUGGUGUCUUUAUCAUCUGUUGGCUCCCUUUUUUCAUCACCCACAUCCUGAACAUGCACUGCAACUGUGACAUCCCCCCAGCCAUGUACAAUGCCUUCACAUGGCUUGGCUACGUCAACAGUGCCGUCAACCCCAUUAUCUACACCACCUUCAAUAUUGAGUUCCGGAAGGCCUUUAUGAAGAUCCUUCAUUGCUAA